AUGCCGAGAAGGAGCGACCACGUGGGUCGAGGCGCCACAUUGUCAGCUGUGACUUCCCAACCUACAAGAUUCCGCCUCGUCCGCGACAACACGUUCGUGAUCAUGUGGUGGUCAGCUGACCCGUCCAUCUGGUCAUCGAACAAUCUCGUCGCCAGCUCGAUGCCGCCAUGGCUAGGCCUCGAACUCGGUGACUUUUCUUCGCAAGCCAACGUCAACAUUCCACCGCCUGCAAGCUCUGACCCCGGAAGGCUCGCUCGCUUUUCGGCACAUACUCCGUGUGCACCUCUCGUCUCGGCCAAGAUGCAGUCGGCCAUCCAGUCAGUCACGCACAACCUGCCGGUCUUCAUCCAGAAGCCUGCCAUCGCACUCAUCGGCCAAGAGUGCUACACGACGCUCGUCUACAAUGUCGACCUGAGCUCGAGCCACUGCGUCAAGUAUGCCAUCUCCAAGGCGCUCGGCCUGGGCAUCGUGGUGUUUGGUAGCAUCAUGAAGGUGCCGCAGAUCCUCAACAUUGUCAACGGACGCAGCGCACGCGGCAUCUCGCUGUCCAUGUAUACGCUCGAGGUGAUGGCCUAUACGAUCUCGCUCGCCUAUGCGGUGCGCUCGCGUCUGCCCUUCUCGACGUACGGCGAAAAUCUGAGCCUGACGCUGCAGAACAUGGUGAUCACGCUGCUCGUCAUCGCCUACACUGCCGACGCACGCACCGGUCGGGUCGACCCGUCUGCACACUCGACCAAGAUCACCGUGGCUGCAGUACUGAUGGCGAUUGGCUCUCUGGCCCUCGCCACGCCCAGCGUCAUCUCGUCGUCGACGCUGACGUUCCUGCAGGCGUGCACGAUCCCGAUCUCGCUCGCAUCCAAGGUGCCCCAGAUGGCGGAGCUGUACAAGGAUAAGAGCCGCGGCCAGCUCAGCAGCAUCGUCGUGUUUGCUCAACUGCUCGGCACCAUCGCGCGCGUAUUCACGACCAUGACCGAGACCGACGACAAGCUGCUGCUGUACGGAUUUGGACUGGCCACGCUGUUCAAUGCGGUGAUCGCGGCGCAGGUGGUCUACUAUUGGAAUGGAGACAAGGCCUUGGCCGAGCAGAAGAAACGCGAUGGAGAGAAGCUCGGCCUGCAUCCCGCUUCGUCCAGCGUCGCACCUUCAUACGAGCCCUUCACCGUCAGCACUCACGGGCCGGCGAAGAACCGCGGCCGCAAGCUGGACUAG